ACUCUAGUAGUUUUAAACCCAACCAUGUUGUUUUUUCCUAAACCUAAAUAAGUGGUUUUGUUGCCUAAACCUAAGCACAUAUUUUAGAUUAAUACUCAUCAUAAAGCAUGUGUUUACCGUGACCGAAAAGUGACACAGUGGGGUCUGACAAAGCAUCAGUAUGUGACGAGUGACGAGAAUUACUGUGGAAAAUGCCCAUCACAGGUUCCCAAAGUAAAUUUUUGGCAUUUGUAUUAAUAAAUCACAAUCACAUGUUGUUGCAUCACGAUGAACUUUUGUUUCAUCACAUUCGACGUUUGUUGCAUCACAGUCACCUGCUCUUACCCGUGACUGUUAAAUUAGCAUAUCAUGUGUUUAUUAAUGGCAAUUGCUUCGGGUUCACACAAGGUAAAGAAAAAGAACAAUUCUUUUUCAAGUCCAAACAUUGGUUGAAUCCUUUUUAUGAUUUAUUCAUGUGGGCCCCUAAAAAUCCACAAAGGGGCUCAUAUCCUGCUUUAGCCCAAAGCUUUGAGUAACAGAGAGAGAGGGUCAUGAUUGGGACACUAGACACUGAGUAGAUACAAGUAUGUGCACAAAUCAUCACACUAGCUCUCCAACUGCGCAGUCUUUACUAACUCUGAGGGAUUUUGGCACAUUAUGUAUGGAUAAACAAACCUCAGUUGGACUGAACCAUUUCCAUGCUCUUUUUUUAACUUCUUGGCUUCGGCUUGAUUAAUGGUUUUAACAUGUGGAUUGGCUUCAUCAAAGUGGCGGUAGAUAUUAUUCAGUAGGGCACAUGUGUUAUUAGUGAAAAGAAGAAGUGUUUGAUGUUUUGUUUUCAUUUAAACGUGACUGAAUGACACUCACCUUCCUGAACUUAACUGUUACCCCACUCCCACGAGAAAAAUGGUUUUGGAAAUCCGGCCGACCAAAUGCAAGACAGAUGCCUGGCCUACUGCAUUUGGAAGGGAGUAAUGUCUUAUUGUUAUUGCUUAAGUCAAAUUACAGUAAUCUUUGUGGAGUGUUCUUCAUUAUUAAGGUUAUAUUCUACUAUGAUCGGAUGUAACACGUUCUCUAAUUUCUAUACCUAAUUGUUUUGAUAACUCAGUGAUUAGCUUUGAAUGAGAGCUCCCAUUGUGUCACCCAAUAUAAAUAAAUAUUGUCAUGUGGACUCAUGUGAACCUGUUCUAACCUCUACAUACCAGCCGUGUGUGUAUUAUGGUCCUGAGAAAUUAUACACUAGUGCUCUCUAGUGGCUGCUAGGACACUUAAGAACUAUGAGACACAUCUACAUAGAAACAACACAAUGUUACCAGGGAGUGUUUCUGUAAAAAAAUAACUCAAGUCAGGAAUGAGACUCUAUUGCAAACACUGGGACAUUGUACCAUUACAGAGUGUUCUUUCAGGGCUGGAGGGGUGAAAGAGAAGAGAGCGGUCAUGUCAUGCUGACUGGUAUUUGGUCCUUAUUCCUGCUUGCAACUGAAUAGCCCCUACAUGACUCAACCUUAUACAUUAACUUGCAUGUGUGUGUGUUGAACUAAUCCCUUAAUGACCUUUAACUUGAUGACAGCUAGACAAGACAUCAGUUGGAGUGAACUAACAGAGACUGUAGUCAUAAAUGUGUGUUUCCCUCUCUGUGUCCACAAAGAAAGAAAGACAAACAGACAGAAAAUAUGGCAAUUUCUCUCAACACAUUUGAGGAGGAUGGGGGAUGGGCGGGGACAAGGAUAGGACAGGUGAGCCUUAAAAGAGACGCUCAGUACGUCUGGCAAGUGUUUGAAAAUAGGUGAAGAGCAAGAGAAUGGAGCUAGAUGGAAUAGAGAAGAAGAGUCUAAAAAGCUUGAAAGACAACAAGGCUUUUGAGUCAGAGGAGCGGGAUCAGAUAUACAUUGAUGUGGACAGUUCUGCUCAUGUGGACAGUGCUGCCGAUGUUGCAGACGAUGAUCACAAAAUGACAGACGAACAUAAAUGCUUGCCAAAGAAGAUACUGGCAUUCCAGGGCUAUUUGGCAGAGCGCAAAGACCAGAUCCGCCUGAUCAUAUACCUGGUUUUAGCAGCAGGCUUCGUUGCCAUAGUGAUAGCGGCAUGUGUCCUGAACUUCCACCGGGCUGUCGGGCUGCUGGUCAUCGCCUUGGUAACCGUAUUCUUCCUGUUCUGGGAUUGGCUGAUGGAACGCUAUGGCGACUGGGUGUGGGAGGAGCUCUCUCCUAUCAGAGACCUUCUCAGCAGAAACUGGUUUUGGAUCAGAUGCAUAAUGUACGCGUUGCUGCUGGUGGCCGUGGUGUGCUGGCUGGCACUGGACACAGCCCAGCGAGGGACCAGACAGCUUGUGUCUUUCUUUGGUCUGCUGCUCCUCAUCUUCUUAAUGAUGCUGUUCUCCAAACACCCAUUCAGGUGGUGUUGGCAAACUUUGCUGUGCGGGAUCGGGCUACAGUUUCUCUUUGGUGUGCUGAUCCUCAGGACCACAUCUGGCGUACGUGGAUUUGCAUGGGUUGGAAAACAAGUAGAGACGUUUUUGUCAUACACAGAUGUUGGGUCUAAGUUUGUGUUUGGUCCCAAUUAUAAAGACCACUUCUUCGUCUUCAAGGUGAUGCCAAUAUUGAUUUUUUUAAGCUCCGUCAUCUCCGUCCUCUUCCACAUUGGCUUCAUGUCCUGGCUGGUUGGUAAGAUUGGAUUCUUAAUGCAGGUUGCCAUGGGAACAUCUCCAGCAGAAUCGAUGGCUGCAGCUGGAAAUAUAUUCUUGGGACUGACAGAAUCACCUCUCUUGAUUCGUCCAUACAUCAGGGACCUAACUCUCUCUGAGAUGCAUGCUGUGAUGACAGGAGGUUUUGCCAGCAUCGCUGGUACCGUUUUAGGAGCCUAUAUCUCCUUUGGGGUUGAUGCAACACACUUGUUGACAGCGACAGUGAUGUCCGCUCCAGGCUCCCUGGCCGUUGCCAAGAUGUUCUGGCCUGAAACAGAGACCCCCAGUGUAACAGACAGUCAUAUCCGCAAAAUCAACCAUGGAGACAGUAAGAACUUGUUUGAUGCAGUAUCCAAAGGUGCAUCUUGUGCUGUGGGUUUAGUGGCCAGCAUAGUUGCCAACAUUUUGUCCUUCCUGGCAGUGUUGGCUUUUAUCGAUGCUGUUCUCUCCUGGCUGGGCGGGAUGUUGGACUGUCCGCAGCUCAGCUUCUCGCUCAUCUGCUCUUACGUGUUAAUGCCUCUAUCCUUCAUGAUGGGUGUUUCCUGGGAGGACAGUUACAUUGUUGCUGAACUGAUCGGCAAAAAGACAUUUAUCAAUGAAUUAGUUGCCUAUCUGCAGUUGUCAGAGUUAAUUAACAGAAGGAAAGCAGGAGGGCCAGAAUAUGUGGACAACGUAAAGCAGUAUAUUUCUGUCCACUCUGAAGCAAUUGCAACUUACGCUUUGUGUGGAUUUUCCAGCAUUGCUUCGCUGGGGAUAACAAUUGGAUCGCUGUCGUCCUUGGCUCCAGAUAGACAGAAUGACAUCGCCAGUUGUGCCUUCAGAGCCCUGAUUGCAGGCAGCGUCUCCAAUUUCAUGACAGCUUGUAUUGCAGGUAUGUUGUACAUCCCUGAUCUUCCGUGCCCACAUUUCCUGAGCACAGAGUUCAUCAAUACCAAUGUGACCAGCAGCUCACAACUGGUCACCUGCUGCUUACAACUAUACAAAAGGUGUGUGUAUGUCUGUAAUACAGAUAACUUUCUCCCAGUUAUCAUAUAUUUGCUGUUAUGCUGUGUAGCAUCGUUCACCCAGCUGCAUAGAUAUUUUUUGUUAUCUCUAUGCAGUUACAAAAACAUCACAAACAGCUGUUUUAGAAUGAAUACAGCUGAUGGAGAAAAGAGAUACUGUGAUUCAGUGAGUGUGUGUGCUUGCAUUUUUUAUUUGCAGUGUGACGGUGUAUGAGCCGUGGAACGUGACGAUCGGAGGAGGAUUCAAUCAGAGCAGCCUGCAACGCUGCUGCACUCUCAUACACCCCACACCCUUCAACUGCAGCCUGGUGCUUUGAAUCACUGUGAACAAAAACACACACCUCACACCUGUUUAUUUGUUAUUUAUCUAGUUGUUACUUCUCGUAUAAUACACUUAAAAUUACAAAAUAUACAAUAAAAUUUCCUGCAUUGGAUUUGUACAAAAAAAAAUCUUGUCACAUUAAUGUAACAUUAAGAACAAAAAAUUAAGACAAAAGGUGAAGAAUUAAAAAGUAGUAUGGAAAAACAGAGCCAGUCUUAAAUGUAGUGUAAGUAUCUGAACUCAAUAAACCAGGUCCAUCGGUGGUAAUGCUCUGAGAAUUACUUAAUUUUUUUUCUCAGUUAAAUGCUCUGAUAAGGUGGUAGAUCUUCCUGGAACAACUCAAAUUUUUAGCUGCAGCUAUGGGCACAAGUGGAAAUUUUCUUUCUGAAAAGACAGGUUAGCAUUUCCCAGAUAUAAUUUAAACUUAUAGAGGAAUGUGCAAAUGUUUUAAUAUUUAGACUUAUUUAGAAUUAUGUCUAUAAAUUUGUGAAAAGACAUUUAAAUUGAUAGCUAUAUCUGUAUAAAGGUAGGAGAGUAUAGGAGAAAUGGCAGAGCGUACAGGUCCAGGUGGAAAAAAAACAAAUCAAUCUUUUUGUAUUUUUCCAAAAGUGAAGGAAGGGUAAGAAAUUAAUCAAUGACGUAGGACGGAAUACAUUUGUCUUCAUUGUGAUUGUAGGUGCCGUUUUAUUUUUAAAACUUUACGUUACUUCACUCCAAAACAAACUAAAACUGUAAACAACUAACUCUACUAUAAUAAUAAUACUCUGUGAGAAUGCACAUUGGAGAGAGAAAGACAGACAGCAGUAGAUGACGGAGAGGUAAACAGUGCAUGCACUACACUGCAUGAACUGUAUCUAAAAAUUGUGUGAGUAAAAGCAAACUCUUUUAAUAUUUCAAUAUACUAAUCCUCAGAUCUCUACCUAAGUAAAGUCGUACUACAGUGUACAAUACUCUGUUACAAGUAAGUCCUGCAAUAAAAAUAUUGUUCAAGUAAAAGUGCAAAAGUAUUAGCAUCGACAUACUUAAAGUACAGAAAGUAAAGUAGGUUACUCAUUAUGCCGAAUAAUACAUAUUAUAUUAUUAUAUUAUAAUUAUGGAUGCAUUCAUGUGUUCAUCACUUGCUAAUGUCAGCUGGUAAAGAUGGGGCUCAUUUAUUUAUAUACUGCAGGGUUGGUAGUUUAAUCUAUAAUAAUACAUCAUUUAUCAGUUGAUUUUGUAUUAGUAAUCUGAAUCUGCAAAGUAACUUUCCAUGACAGUUAAGUUAAAUACAUUUGAUAACUGUUUUUCCAACUCUAGUCUAUAAAGUUGUGGACUAUUCUGUUUCUACUCAAUGCUAAUACUAAUUACUAACUAAUAGUUUUAACAUCACAAUUCAUGAUUAAUCUGGAAAGAUGACGUCAGUUUUUGUCGUACAUAUUUCAAUUUUUCCAUGAUUAAGACGUACUUAAAAUUUAAUAAUUGUAAAUAAGGUGCCAGAGUGCAUUAACAAGCAUCAAAAUCAGUGGCGGCUGGUGGAAAUGUUUCUAGGUAGGGCUGUGUCACAUCCA